UUGCUUGCUUGUCUCACUCGACCAGUGAUCCCUUCCUCCUCGUGUGUCGAUCACUUGUGGCCAGCCGUCCCCCUUCCUCACUCGCCUUUGUGCACACUUGACGUGCCGCGACGCUCGACUGGUUUCUUCGUGGGAGCACGGUUGCACGCGGGCGCAACCAGAAAACCAGGACAGCCGUUCUCACGUGACGUGUGUGUGUGAGUGUUGCAGGACUCAGCUACAGCACAGCACACGCACGGAGCGCAGCAGGCAGCCAUGGCAGAGCAUGUGGAUGACGACGAUGACAUGUCUCCGUCCCUGCCUCGCAUCUUAAAGGCUGUUGACGCAACCCAGCUCGGGAGUGUGGAGACCGAAAAGGGCGAGUUUGUCAUCGACAACCUCGGAGAACUACUGCUUGUCGCACAGAGCCAGCUGUCGGAACGGCGCCUCGAUCCCUUGAGCGAUGCCUUCAAACAGGCAUGGGAGAUGUACUGCAAGGCGCACUCGACACUGAUUGUGUCGAAGGAUGUAAUCAACAAGGCAAGCACUGACCACAUCCCCUGUGUGAGCUGCCGCCGUGCCGUGACCAAGCUCAUCAACACCCUCGCCUCACCAGAGGCCCAGAAGCGCACCACCAUCGACGGUUCCAUCGAGCCGCUGGCAAUUGAACCGUCUGGCCGAGCACAUCUGAACGCAGACGUGCUCAAAAACUUGGAGCAGACGCACCACGCCCUUUGCAUCGACAAGCGGUCGCUCGACAUGAAGCUGCGCGGCCAGCGGUGUGAGCUGCAUCGCGUGGAGUCGCAGUUCACCUUUGAGGGCAGCGACAACAUCUUCUGGCUCGACUUUUGGCCAGACGUGCCCCACCUGUGCAAGGAGAAGAUUAUGACGUUCAAGGUGCAGGGCGUGGAGGAUGCGCUCACGGUCCACCUCGAGAAGCUCUGCAGCCGAUGCAAAGACGCGGUGAACGACGCAUUCACAGUCUUUCAGGAGAUGCGUUGGAGCGAGUACGAGAGCUCUGCGCAGUUUUACGAAGAAACAAAAUACGAUCCAAUCAUCUUUGAGGGCCUGUCAUACAACCGCCUGGCAAAGGUCGUCCAUGUCUGCGCCGAGCGUGACUACCUCGUCGAGAUUAUCAACUUUUCGCGGCGGGAGGCUGUGCGAACGGACCGGCACGCGGAGUCGAACGAGAAGGCGCAAACGGAGAUUGUCAUCAUGAUGGGCAAGCUCGUCUGGCAGCGCCUCUUCGACCUCUACCGCGGGCUGCGACUUGGCAACCAGACGCUGAUGAUGACGUAUGAGCUGCUGGCGUCGUGUCUCCACUCGCGCCUGACCAGCAUCGCCUCGGCGAAGAGUGCUGCAAAGGCGUAUGAGCUCCUGAUGGAGAUGGAGAUGGAUGAAAAGUCAAAGAAGAAGAAGAACAAGCAGCAGCAACAAGGCAAGAAGAAGAAGCAGGGCCGCAAGGGUAAACAACAGCAGCAGCAACAGCAGCAGCAGCAGCAGCAGAAAGGUGCAAAGUCCAAAGCGUCGAGUGGCGACGCCGCGUCAGCCGCGUCGUCAUCGUCUUCUUCAUCCCAGCAGAAGCAGCAGCAACAGCAGCAGCAGCAGCAGCAGCAGCAGAAACACAAGCGGCCCCUCACGCCAGAGACGGUGGCGGCGAAUUGGGAGAGCAAGAUGAUUGAGCCGUCGGACGAGCGGCACGCCCCGCCAGGCGGCACCAAGGGGAAGAAACAUCCGAACCACGCACCAGCCGCAGCAGCAGCAGCAGGAGGCACAUCGAACAAGGGCUCCAAGAAGAACAACAGCAGUGGUGGCAGUGGGGCCAACGGCAGCGCCUCAGGUCAACCGAAGCAUCGCAAGACGCGAGAUGGGAGCGGCAGAGGUGGUGGUGGCGGCGGAGGUGGCGGUGGGGGUGGUGAUGAUGAUGAUGAGGACGCAGCCGCAGCUGAUGGCGACGGCGAUGGCAGCGGCAGCUAUGUUGAUGCUGCUGGGAUCCGGCGCACGAAGCACGGGUACGUGGACUACGACGAGCGCGUGACGAUGGCCGUCAACCUUGGCCACCACACCGUGCUGACCAUGCCCUUUCCCUCAAUCCUGUUUGUCGACGACGACACUGGCGAGGAGGUGGAGGAGCCUGUGGUUGAUGAGGAAGAGGAAGAGGAAGAGGAAGGUGCUGCUGCGGUAGUGCUGUGCGACGCCGUGUUGCCCUCUGCCGUCACUCCACGCGAGCGCAGGCUCCUUACCGCCAUGGGCUGGCCCGGAUACGAAAAGAUGACGCGUGAGGACCGUAUUGCUGCGCGAGAGCUGGCAGUUCUCCUGGAACACCACUUUGACCACUUCAAGGCGGAGCAACUUCAUGGCCGGGAGGCGAUUGCCGUCUGCUUUGACCAUUUCCUGUCGCAGCUGCAAGCCGGGCACUGAGCGGGGCUGGCGGUGGUGAUGAUGAUGGUGAUGGUGAUGGUGAUGAUGGUGAUGGUGAUUUGUUACUAUCGUCGUCGUUGUCGCUGGUGUUGUUGGUCGUGGGUGGUCCGUGGUCGCCGUUGUUACGAGUGCCCCUGCCUUCAUCGUCGUCGUUGUUGUCGUGAUGAUGAGCUUGAUGAUGAGCUUGAUCUUCCACCGGCGCCCAUCCGCCGCGUGCCCCACUCUAUUUGCACCCGCAAGAGUCCGUCCAUAUGUUCAUUGGAGUUUUAGAUUCUUCCUCGCUCGCGUGUUUUGCUUUUGGUUUUGCUCGCAAGCUUUUGCGUGCGUCUGCAGUGAAGGUUACGCACCUCUUUCCUCUCGUGCUUCCUUCUCCUGCUUUCUUCUCCUCCCCUCUUUCUUUCUUUCUUUUUUGCUGCUUCUCGCACCCCUCUGCUUUGCGUUUGUCAUACGGGCUUACACUUGCCCUCUUCUUCUCUUCUUUGUAAUCUGUUCUUCACUAUCCUCGGCAUACCAUGCCGUGUCAUGCUGCUUGAUCGCUUGCUGGUUUGUCCUUCUGCACCCCCCCCCCCCUUUAUCUUCCCUCUUUCCCUUCCCUCUUUCUCUUCCUCUCUUUCUCUCUCCCCCCCCC